UCCUGUCUGUCUGUCCUUUCUUUCUCCUGUUUUUUAACUUGAUUUCAUUAUACAUUUUAUUUUAUAUUACUUCACUAGGGUUUCAAAAAUUAGAUUCGAUCAUAUCGAUCCUUUCUCGAUCUUAACCCCCUUUCAAAAUUUCUUGUUUUUGGAAUUUUAUUUCUAUUCAUUUUUCUAACCCCCUAGGGUUUCUAUUUAUUUCCCCCAAUUUCCACUCCCAUUGUGCGUGCGUAGAUUUCAAAUUCCCCUAUCCGAAACUUCUUUAGAGCUUCAAUCCUGCGAAUAAAUUUCAAGGUGCAUAAUUUAGAAAUUUUGCAUCUUUUUUUGUUGUGAAUUUUGGUAUUUAUUGAAUUGGGUUGGGAUUACUGUGUGCUUUGAGCAUGGAAUCGGUGAGAGAAGCUGGUGGUGGAGUUACUGGUGCCGUGUUAAUGAGGUUUGUUUGGACUCAUGGAGGUCGAAAUGUAUUUCUCAGUGGUUCUUUUAAUAGAUGGGGUGAGCUUAUACCUAUGUCGCCAGUUGAAGGUUGCCCUAAUGUAUUUCAGGCUAUUUAUGGUAUUACACACGGAAAUCACCAGUACAAGUUUUUAGUUGAUGGAGAAUGGCGACAUGAUGAACUCCAACCUUACACAACAACCGAAUAUGGGAUACUGAAUACUAUCCAGUUUAACAUGGAAGCCAAUUUUAAUCCAGAGAUGAUUCCAGGAUCUAGUAUGGAAUUGGAUAAUGAGGCCUUUACCCGUUUGGUCAGUGUAUCAGAUGGUACGUUGACUGGUGGCGUGCUAAGCAUAUCAGAGGCUGACUUACAGGUCUCUCGUCACCGGAUUUCUGUGUUUUUAACUACACACACUGCAUAUGAGCUACUUCCCCAGUCAGGCAAGGUAGUUGCCUUGGAUGUUGAUUUACCGGUAAAGCAAGCCUUUCAUAUUUUGUUCGAGCAGGGAAUCCCUAUGGCUCCUCUUUGGGACUUCUCUAGGGGCCAGUUUGUUGGAGUGCUUAGUGCCUUGGACUUCAUAUUGAUAUUGAGAGAGCUUGGAAAUAAUGGAUCAGAUUUUACGGAGGAAGAACUUGAUACACACACGAUAUCCGCUUGGAAAGAGGGAAAAUCAUAUCUGAAUAGGCAAAUAGAUGGACAUGUCCGGGCUCUACCUAGACAUCUCAUACAUGCUGGGCCAUAUGACAACUUGAAAGAGGUUGCUUUGAGAAUAUUGCAGAAUGAGGUGGCUACAGUUCCCAUUAUCCAUUCAUCAUCAGAAGACGGCUCAUUUCCUCAAUUACUGCAUCUUGCCUCACUCUCUGGAAUACUGAAAUGUAUUUGCAGGUACUUUAGACAUUGUUCUGGCACCGUACCCAUGCUCCAACUGCCGAUUGGUGCAAUACCAGUGGGUUCAUGGGUUCCAAGUAUUGGAGAGCCUAGUGGGCGCCCCUUGGCCAUGUUGAGACCAAGUGCUUCUCUUAGUUCAGCUUUAAACUUGUUAAUUCAAGCUCAAGUAAGUUCAAUACCAAUAGUUGAUGAGAAUGACUCGUUAAUAGACAUAUAUUGCCGGAGUGACAUAACAGCUUUGGCGAAGGACAAAAUUUAUACUCAUAUUAAUCUUAAUGAAAUGACUAUUAAUCAGGCUUUGCAACUGGGACAAGAUGUCUAUUCUUCUUAUGAUCUGAGAAGUCAAAGAUGUCAGAUGUGUUUGCGCUCUGAUACAUUGCAUAAAGUGAUGGAGCGAUUGGCAAACCCUGGUGUUAGGCGUCUUGUCAUUGUGGAGGCUGGCAGUAAUCGUGUGGAAGGCAUUGUGACACUGAGUGACAUUUUCAGAUUUCUACUUGGCUAGUUUGAAGCGGUAAGUUAUUAAUGGAAAGGGAUGUAUGGAGUGGUUUUGGACAACCUCCACCCAUGUUAUUGCAGUAUCUACAGCCCUGUUCCAAUGUUACUCCAGCACUUUCCAUGGUCAUAUGACCCAGUGAUUUGAAACCUACAUUGGAUUAUUUGAAAUCUCCAGCCUGCUUGGCCACCUGUUUUAGAAUUUUAGGCUAAAAAGAAAGGGCUAAUUCCCAAAUUUGUUAAUUUCCUCCCUUCCAUGUAUUAUGAAUUACUUCAAACUGUCGUAGAUUCCAUGUAUAUGAGGAGCAUGGUUUCUGUUAUGUACUAUGAUGCCACUAACUGAGAAAGGAGAUGGGGAGGAGGUGAAUGCUUAUUGUCUGCUACUGCUUCAUUGAGCUGUGAUUCCUCAGGAAAAUCUGGUAAAGAUGGCAUUUGAUUCA